AUGCCACUCGGUCCCUGCUCGGACACCCGGCACGGCACAAGGAGGUCGGACAUCGAGGUGCUGCCCCUCUCCUUGAUGCCAGCCACGCUCCUCAUCCUCCUCGUCCUCCUCAGCCCCACCGAGAUCCGUCUCGCCAACGGGCCCAGCCGGUGCCAGGGGCGAGUGGAGAUCCUCUACAACGGCUCCUGGGGGACGGUGUGUGACGACGACUGGGACAUCGUGGAUGCCAACGUGGUGUGUCGCCAGCUGGGCUGUGGCCAUGCCAUCACCCUGCCAGCUGCCAUGACCUUUGGCCAGGGCAGUGGGCCCAUCUUCCUGGACAAUGUGGACUGCAAGGGCUGGGAGGCAGCCCUGAGCGAGUGCUGGAGCCACGGCUGGGGCAUCCACAACUGCUACCACUACGAGGAUGUGGCUGUUGUGUGCAAUGGUAACGAGGUUGUGUUCCUUGGGGGCAUCCGCCUGGUGAGCGGCCCCGACACCUGCCAGGGCCGGGUGGAGAUCUUCUACCGCGGGAACUGGGGCACCGUCUGCGAUGAUGACUGGGGCCUGAGCGACGCCAGCGUGGUCUGCAAGCAGCUGGGCUGUGGGCAAGCCCUGGAUUACAAGAGCAAUGCCUAUUUUGGCUAUGGAACAGGACGUAUCCUCCUGGACAACGUCAACUGCGACGGCAGUGAGCCCUUCCUGUCUGCCUGCUACAGCCUGGGCUGGGGCAUCCAUAACUGCGGCCACCACGAGGAUGCUGGGGUCAUCUGCACAGGGCUGGACACAUCCACCAUCACAUCAUUCACCACCUCGGUAGCCCUGGCCUCCGAGGAGACGCUCACAGCCACGGCCACAGCAGUGACAGACAGCAGGGACCAGCCCUCCCAGGCCACCGAGGUGGUCACCACCACGCUCCCGACCAUGGAGCAGGAAAGUGGCGGCUUGCGGCUGGCGAACGGGAACGGGAGCUGCCGCGGGCGGGUGGAGGUGCGGCACCGCGGCACGUGGGGCACCGUCUGCGACGACGACUGGGACUUCCCCGACGCCCAGGUGGUUUGCCGGCAGCUGGGCUGCGGCACCGCCCUCGCCGCCACCGUGCUCGGCUCCUUCGGCUACGGCAGCGGGCCGGUGCUGCUGGAUAACGUGGGCUGCGGCGGCGGCGAGGCGCGCCUGGCCGACUGCUUCCACCUGGGCUGGGGACAGCACAACUGCGGCCACCACGAGGACGCCGGGGUCAUCUGCCGAGGUGCUGAUGACACUGAAGACCAUUUCCAAGAAGCCACUGCUACAACCACCACCUUGGCCCUGACUCGUCCCAAGGAGGGGUCCCUGCGGCUGGUGAACGGCAGCCACCGCUGCGAGGGGCGCGUGGAGAUGUUCUACCUGUCCCAGUGGGGCACGGUGUGCGACGACGCCUGGGACCUGCGGGACGCCAGGGUGGUGUGCAGGCAGCUGGGCUGUGGCCACGCCGUGGCAGCCUGGGGGGAGGCACGCUACGGCCAAGGCACCGGCUACAUCUUCCUCGACAACCUCAAGUGCAAAGGCCACGAGCCCUCACUGCUGCGCUGCUCCCACAUCCGCUGGGACGUGCACAACUGCGACCACUCCGAGGAUGCCGGUGCUGUCUGUGACAUCCUAUGA